CCCCCCAACGGUCCAUUUCUUUUUCAACUUCUCCCUCCUUUAUAAACCCAACAGUGCUAAUUAUACCGUCUUCUCUUUAAUUUCUUUUCUUUUCUCUCUGUCUCUUUAAUUAUCUUACUAUUACCCAAGAUGGAUCUUGUUGUUGUUAUCACAGAGACCAAUCCGACCAAAAUCACGCACGUUAACAAGACAUCCUCCGACGAAUUGCUCCGUAAGUUCGCCGAUCCAGACGACGACCAAGAGUCAAAAUCAUCAUCCAAACGCCGCAAGAAAUCUCAAGAUAAGAUCAGUAGUACUCGAGAGAAGGACGCUGCAGACAAUACCGAAAGUAACAUAAUUGGCUUGGUCGAGAGGAAACGUCUCUUGCUUGCUCCGGCCAGUAAACGGAGAUCUCUGUUUCUCCGGCAGUUUGCUUCCGGAAAAUCACAUCUCAGGAACAAGUCUCUCGUCAGAACUAUCGGCAAGACAUGGCGUAAAACAAUGGAAGGAGCUUCUAGAGUUUUCAUCGAGAAGCAUUAUAACAGACACAGGCGUCUCAUCAACGACGUCGUUUAAGCUUCUUCAACCAACCUUUUUUUUUUCAUUCUUUCUUUCUUUUAUCAUAAUUUGUAUUUUGCAUAAAUUCGUUUUUAUUAUUAUUCUCAGUUUCUCACUUUUAGUUCCGAACAUGAUGAACCCUGUGUGUUUAAUUUAUUUUGUAAAGAUUCUAUCCAAAAUUUAGUUUAAUGGUUAUAU